AUGUACUACGAAAACCUAUUGAAGAACCAGCAUAGUCUGCUCUAUUCGAAAGAACGUGAGGUUGUCCACCUUAAAGAUCAACUUCAACAGAAGGAUUUGGAGACUGGCGUCACUGUUCAGUUCCAAAUGUCUGAGCAGGCACACAAUCUCUUAUUGGAGGACGAAUUGGCUGAAAGGAAUCUCCGGCUUUCGAGGGAAAUUAACAUUGUCCACCAGAAGAAUAUUCGCCUGCAGCAGAUGAUGUGUCGCUUGAAGUCUCUGGCCGCCUGGGAGCAUACUGCUCUCCGAUGCGUUUAUGAAAAACAGUUGAAAGCAGUCGAGGACCAGCGCAACAAGAGCAAAUCUCAGGUCACGCGCUUGGGUAUGCUGUCUGAACAACGGGUACGAAUGCUCAACGAAGAGAUGAGCAAACUUCGCGAAUAUCUGGGAUCAACUGAAAAGGAACUUAAUGAUUUGCGACGUCUGCUCGACAAAGAGCUUAAAGACAAAAUCGAGAAGCGAAAUGCCGCGGAGCGCAAGGCAGCCACUGACAAGCAAAUGGCAACCAUUAAGCAAAUGCAUAUUGACCAACUGAUGCUCGAUAUUGCAGAGAAGGAUAAGACGAUUAAGGCAAUGCAAGAGGAGUUAGAACAACACGCAAGAACCAAGAAGCAGCAAGCAGACAAGUCACUGCGCGACGUAGAUACGCUCAAGAAGCGGCUACAGGAUGAGAAGAAACUAAAGAAGAUUGCAAUCCACAAAGUUGACGACCUCUUGUCUCAGGUAAACGAUCCCAGUGCUAUGUCAGUCGUUUAA